AUGCUCAACGUUAUGGAUUUCUCCUGCACGGAUCCGCUUUACUCCAAGUACGAGGAGAGCUGCGAGAUGAAAACCGGAGACCUGCAGGGCUUGGGGCAGCCUGAGCAGCAACUUCUGGCAGAGGCCGAUUUCCUCGGAGGUGAGCUGCUGGGUGCCCCCGGCAGCGGCGGGGCCGUGGAUUAUUCUCUGCUGAGCAGCCAGCCCUCGCCUUCCCUCAGCUACACCGGCAGCUUCUUCAUCAAGGCGGUCCCGGAGCACCCGCAGGACCAGGAAUCCCUCUUCAACCUGAUGUCGGGGAUCCUGGGCAUCUCCCCCUUCGCCUCCUCCGAGGGCCACCAGAGGCACCUGGAUGCUCUUUACCCGUGUCCCGAGGUGGCUCAGAGCCAGCUGGAGCUGUACCCGCCGUGCCAGCCCGAGAUGAGCGGAUCCAGCCCGUUCCCGGAGCCGGCCUUCGGAGCCUUCCCCGCGGCCGAGGGCGCUCAGCCCCUGCCGGCACAGCCGGGGCUGGGAAACGGCUCCCAGUGCUUCUUCCAGCCCAAGCUGCUGGACAGCAAGCAGGACAUCAAGCUGUCCUCCGGCUCCUCGGCCCUGGACAAGUUCAAGGCCUCGUGUGGCCAGUGGGAUCCCCUCUCCCAGCAGCACCAGGCCUUCUUCCCCUCUCCCGAGGGCUUCGCUGCCGCCGACAGCGGCCAGGGGCUGUUUCCCCCGCUGGGCUCCAAGAUGGAGAGCGUCCUGUCCGUCAGCUGCCAGUCGGAGCUCGGCAGCCUGGCAGAGGACUCCGCCUGCUUCGGAACCCAUCUGGGCUUCGGCUGCGAGCCAGAAAACUUCCCGGCCCGCGGGGACUUCGCGGACGCCAAGAUCCACAACAUCCCCGCGCCCUUAAUGCCGGACUUCGACUCCUCCCUGGCCCAGCCCGAGGUCCUGCCGGGCCUGAUGAGCUCGGCCGAGCUCCUCCAUCCUCACCCCUCUCCUUCCGUCCCCCCCACGGACUUUCUGGGCCACCCCACGUCCUCCUCGCUCCCCUCGCUGCUGCCCCCCAACCCUCCGGCCCUGGCCGAGCCCAAGAAGAAGACGCGGCGGAGCAAAUGCUCCUCCAAGUGUUUCUGCCCCAAGCCUCACGAGAAGGCGUUCGCCUGCCCGGUGGAGAACUGCAUCCGGAGCUUCGCCCGCUCCGACGAGCUCAACCGGCACCUGCGCAUCCACACGGGCCACAAACCCUUCCAGUGCCGCAUCUGCCUGCGCAACUUCAGCCGCAGCGACCACCUCACCACUCACAUCCGCACCCACACGGGCGAGAAACCCUUCUCCUGCGACACCUGCGGCCGCCGCUUCGCCCGCAGCGACGAGAAGAAGCGCCACAGCAAAGUGCACCUCAAGCAGAAAGCCCGGACCGAGGAGAAGCUCAAGGGCUUGGGGUUCUUCUCGGUGGGGCUCUCCUUCGGGCCGCUCUGAAGCUCCGGCCUGAGCGCUGCCCGGGCGGGCGGCGAUUCCCGAGGUCCCCCGAGCGUCUCAGGGGAGAGCCGGGCUGGGAGUUCCCUCCUGGGUGAGGAGGGAGGCG